CAUUUUUUAAAAUCAACAUGGACGGUCGAACCGAGCAAGAAGAACAUGCAGAGCAAAUUUUUGCGGAUUUACAAAAUAUAUCAAUAACACCAUUUCAAGGAUGGGAUGCGACUGGUUCUCUUGAAGGUGAUUACGAUGACGUACAGAUGGAGACUGGUAUAUCUGACAUCAAACAAUCAUCUGCAUCAAGGGGAGGGUCAGCAGAACGCCCCCAGUCUGCCACUGCUGGGACGUCCAGCAGGGAAUCGCCGCUAAAAGACAUCUCACAAGACUGGGGCUCACUACUCAACCUGGCAGAACCAGAACUCACAGUUCAGUAUCUAACAGGCAAGAUUUCCUUCCAGGAGUUCAGCGAGCGGAUGGACCGGGAGAGUUCUGAGUGUGUGGCAGAGGAGACGGAAUCGCUGCUGCCCAAGACAGACAUCGUGGAGCUGUCGAAGCGUGUCAAGGUGCAGCUUGACGAUGAUGAUGAUGACGAUGACGAUGAUCAGGAGGAUUUCAGUGAUGGGCUUGAUGCGAAAGACCAGGACUGGCAGCCAUCACCGAGAAAGAAAAAAAGUAAAAAGGCAGCUAAAGAACAAAAAGCAAGGAAAAAGAGAAGAAGAAAAACGGAUCUACCAAAAAGUUUGGAAGGGUUGAUGGGUGAAGCUAAUUUGAAACUGGCUCGGGGAGAUUACGAAGAGGCUGCUAAAAUGUGUUUGGAAAUCAUUCGUCUGGCACCCAAUGCGUACCUGCCGUUUCAGACUCUCGGUAUGUUAUACGAGGAGAUGGAUAAUGUGGAGAAAGCCAUGCAGUUCUACCUGAUAGCAACUCACCUGCGACCCGAUGAGCCGGAGGAAUGGAUUCGCUUGGCUGACAUGUCUCUGGAACAGGGCAAUAUUAAACAAGCUCUCACGUGCUAUACACAAGCUAUCAAGGCCGACCCUAACAACAUGGAGUAUGUGUGGCAGAAGUGCAGCCUGCAUGAACAGCUGGGCGAACACCGCAAGGCGCUGGAUGGCUACCAACACAUCCUCAAGAUCCUCCCCCCCGACAGUGGCUCUCACUACAUGCAGCUCGCCAGGAGCAUGACCAAGGCAUACCAUGAAAUGGGGGACAUCAGUUCAGCCAUGAAGACAAUGGAGAACGCCCUUGAUACUCAUCUAGCAGAAAUCACGUCAGAAGAUGUGAAUGUGUUGCUGGAACUUCUGCUGUCACAGAAGAUUUACAUCAAGUCAUUGAAGGUGCUGAUAAGACACUGCGGUGUGGAGAUUAUUUUUGCUGAUGGGUCCAAACUGUCGGCAGACUGCGAGAUUAAUGCUGAUGACUUGGAGCUAAUCGGUCCGAAAGCUCAACAAUGUGUGACCCCUGACCUCUUGCCCAUUGAUCUUCUUGUAAAGCUAAUUGUGUGUCUCAUACACACUGGAAUUCUUAAACCCAUUCAGGACACGUUGAAGUCUCUGUUUGAGGAGGACAUUGAUGAGUUUGGUGACCUCUACCUGGACGUGGCCGAGGCCUUCAUGGACAGGGGACACUACUCUGAAGCGGAACCCAUCAUCAGGAAGCUCGUCUUGUCCAAGUCGUACAACAAGGCGGCUGUGUGGCUGCGACUGGGCGAGUGUCUGAACUCGAUGGGUGACCUGCACGGAGCAGUGGCAGCCUACACACAGGUUGUGGAGAAAGCGCCAUCUCACUUCGGGGGGCGCGUCUCUCUGUCAGCUUUACAACAGCAGCUCGGCAAACACGAGGAGGCGAUACAGGUGCUGUCUCGAGAGGGUGGGCAGGAGGGUGAGAUGUCUGACCAGGACCAGCUGUUGCUGCUCCACAAGUGUCACCUGCUGUUCUCCCAGGACAAGCUGGCCGAGUUCAUCCACUCCAGCAAGAUGCUGCUCUUCAACCGCUUCAGUCACGUCUACAACCCCUCCUUCAUGAGAAUUGUGUUCACGUAUCGGACUCACAAACAUCGAGCUGAUGCUUUGAGAGUUUUCCUCAACAGAGAUACAAACCUCUCAGGAAUGGAGAAGCCAACAUCCUUCCAGUCCAGUCUGAGUGAUGCGGAUAAAAGUGUUAAAGAUAACGACCUGUGGGACAUCUACGUCAAACUGUGUGACGCGCUGCUGAAACUGAAUCAGCUGGACGAGCUGAUGGAGAUCACCACACUCGGACUCGCCUGUCCACAGUUCAUGAACGACCAGGACAAAAUCAAGGAAAGUGAGUUCAUCUGUCUGACAGCCUGUGUUCUUAACAAAAAUGGACAGUUUGCAUAUAACUUCAUCAGAGAUAUAUGUAUGAAGUAUCCACACAACAAACAGGCAUGGAACCUGUUUUCUCAGAUUAUCAUUUACACAACAGACAUACGGAAUCGCAAGUUUGCUCUUGGUCUCCUUAUGAAGGAUCCUGACAACAGAGCGCUUGGUAUAAUUAACGGACACAACAGUUUGAUUUGUGGAACGUACAAACAUGCACUGGGAGAGUACGUAGCCGUCCUGCGCCACACGCCGAGAGAUCCGCUCGUCAACUUCUGUAUCGGGCUAUGUUUCAUACACAUGGCCUGUCAGAAGUUUUCCAGCAAGAAACACGCCCUGGUGAUGCAGGGUUUGGCAUUCUUGAACAUUUACAUGGAGCUGAGAGGAGAAAACCAGGAAACAUAUUACAACAUUGGUCGAGCAUUGCAUCAGUUAGGUCUAAAAUACGCUGCUGUGUUCUACUAUAAGAAAGCUCUUCAGUUCCCACCAGUUAUUCACGAUGAUCAGGGCGUGUUCGACCUGCGGAUGGAGAUCGCACACAAUCUCUCCAUCAUCUACCAAGCCAGCGGAGCCACGGACCUCGCUCGCAUGCUCGUCGAGCAGUACUGUGUCUUGUGAGGAAACCCAGAAUGAUGGCUUUCAUCACCAACAUGUGACGUUUGUGUUUUUGCUGGUUGUUUGGAUGACGUACAGUCUGUUGCAGCAGAAAAUGUGAUCACCUUGUUACCAGCUGAAGACCACACCUCCUAUUGUUUGAUCUGGCUUCCAAUAGAUGACCAGUCGCACAGUGGACCGCAAACCAAUCCAUAAUGAUGCCGGCUGUACAAGUAGUUAGUCAAGAUGACAUGAAAUGGAUAUCCAUCAGUGUCAAAUUGUUUCCAGCUGGGAAGAAUUCAUUAGGCUAGGAUCCGAGCACCUCAUUCAGUGGACAUCUUGUGUCCUAAUCCUGCCUGCUCGUUAGCGUGUGUUGGAGGCGGCUCUUUCUGGCAGGCUGCUGCUGUCAUGAUUGCUGAUUAGCGGUGUUUGGGAAAAUAUUUACAGAACUCCAAGCUUAGGGUUUUUUCACCAUCUAAUUUCGCCAAAUAGUCCUCUUCAAAUAAAACUAAUGACAUAUGGAUUAGGCAGAAACGGAGAGUGGAUGUCAUUCUUUAUUAAUGAUUGGAUAGAGAAUGCAGUAAAACUUAGAAUUUCUUUGGUUGACCUUGCACUUAAUUAUAAAGAAAUAAAGUAUAAUGCAGGAUUUGUGCAGUAUAUUCAGGGGUAUUAUUAAGACCAUGUUAAGUUUCAGUUCACGACAUUGAACCAGCAUCCUUCUGUUUAACUUUAUUACACCAAUCAUGAUGACAUGUUUGAGUGACCAUCUUUACAUGUCAUCUCUUUACCAUUAUUAGGUCUUUUGGCACUUUAAUUAUUUAACGCUAUUAAAUUCAUCUGUAUUAUUAAAUCAGGAUAUAUUGGAACCAACAGAACUUUUAGCUGUUUUACCAUUAUUAAAGUCAUACUAAUCAUUCAGUCAGAACAUAUUUGAACCAUCUGCAGUUGAACUCUUACCAUUAUUAAAGUUAUACUAAUCAUUCAGUCAGAACAUAUUUGAACCAUCUGCAGUUGAACACUUACCAUUAUUAAAGUUAUACUAAUCAUUCAGUCAGAACAUAUUUGAACCAUCUGCAGUUGAACUCUUACCAUUAUUAAAGUCAUACUAAUCAUUCAGUCAGAACAUAUUUGAACCAUCUGCAGUUGAACUCUUUUACCAUUAUCAACAUCAUCCUAAGCAUCAUCAGUUCGGGACAAUUUCGAGCCCUCCUAUUUGUGAAGUUUGAGUGAUUACCAUCAUGAAACUAGUGCAGCCAGUGAGUGAGAGCAACCUAACCAACAUGAGCUCCCUCCCCGACCUGACUCUAGUCAGCCUGCUGACCGCGGUGACCCCGACUGGCCUGGACAACUCGUCCGUGACGAUGCCCCCCGGCCACCUCAGCCGCACGUCAGUCAACGCGCUGAUGUACAUUGUGGUGGUGCUCUUCUUCUACUCGUUCAGUCUGGUCGUGCUCAUGGUGAAGUACGUGCGGCGCGAGAAGGAGGAGGCCGACCUCAGACACUACUAUUACGAGUUCGUGUCCCGCGACCGGUUCCACUCGCCGUCCUUCCAGAACAAGGUCUACAUGGAAAGCGUGCUGGGGACGCAGACAGACAAGUUGUGCAAACCGGGGCCAGAAAUAAAUGGAAACACCAUCGUCUGUGAUGGGGCCUUGUUGCAGGAUGAGGCGGUGGUCGUCAAACUGUUGCCAAACAGGCACGAGACGCUCGUUUGAUGAAGGGAUGAGCUAUUUGAAAGGGUGUGAUCUGGACAUUAAAUUAAAAUGUAUAAAUGGGUUUGAAAAUUAUAAAUGAAAAUGUUGUAUUUGAAAAGAGCAAAGUGUUGUGUUCGAAAACGUUCAGGUUCUUGAAAUAGGAAAAGCAUCGUGUGGAAACAGACAUCAGCAACAGACUGUCAAUGAAAGUUGGCUUCAAUGUCGACAGAUUGAUAAGUUUAAUUUUGUACUGGAAGAUGAAGGCAGAUGAUGUUAUGUUUUAGAAAUGGAAAUAUCAGAUCCAUUGCUCUUAACCUCAUAGUUUCAAGCCAGAAAAACUCUCUUUUUAAAUAUUAUUUACCAAAUGUAUACAGCAAACCCAUGAAAAAGGUCUGAAUUAGAAAUAAUGUUUUACAGUUGUGAUUGGCUAAGUGUGCAAUAUUAAAUACAAUUAUUUUUGUAACUAUGGCUUUGCAGAUCAGGCUUCAUUUGCCUUAGAAUUUGCUAAAAUCAAGAAAGUCUAUGCUCUGUUAGAUGGAAAUGAAUGUAUAAACCAUCUGCUCUCUCCAUGCUAUUAAAUAGAAUUUGAUGUGGGAAAUGUUUAGCUUAUAGUUUAUAUUCUAAUUUAAAAAAAAAAAAAAAAAAAGGUAUUUUUUUUAAAUACUCCCAUAAAAUAAUUGCAAAUUCUGAUUGCACAUCGACUUACUAAGAGAUAAAGAUGGAUAUAAAUUAUUCAUCAGGAGUAUUGUUCAGGGUCAGCAUUUUACAACUUUUUCUUUUCAUAAAAUGACGCGGACCACUUUUCAAGAUUCCGGCCAAAUUUGUCAAUCAUAUUUCAUUGUGUGUAAGUAAAUACUACUGAGUAUGUUGUUCACAGUUGUAGACUGGUACUGGUCUACAGACUGUGGUUGAGACAAACAGGUCUAAACAUCUAGACAACUAAGAAAAACAUCCUGUUAACAAACUCAUUAAAUAUUUGUACAACAGGUGAA